GCGCUGGGCGUGUUGUCAAACGUACAGGUGCGUCACUCUCUCCGCCUGUUCGCGUGACGUCAGAUUUUUGGCAGAAAAUUGCGGAAAUGCUACGUGGAUAAACUAUUAUCGGCAAUCAGCGUUUCAUUACACCUGUUUAUAUUUGUUUAUGAGGAUUCCUCGGUCCUCUUCCUUGAAAUCGAAGCAAAGCAACCAAGGAAAUGUCUUUGGAAGGAAGCGUGUGUCAUCUAAUCUGCCUCUGAAACACAAUGGGAACUCCCUGCCUUCUGUGGGACACCAGAGAACAAACUGCACACUGCCAAAAGCGUAGCUACGAAGACGACAACAGAAAUUAGGUCAAUACAGAGGCAUCUCCUGCUGAUCCUGCUAUAGAGCCAUUGUUGUGUGUAAUGGGGGAGUGUAUGUUGGACCACUACGGUGAAGACGGUUUUCAAAGUUGUGAAGGGUUUGACGAUUGGUCCACGUUCAGUUCUGCGGACUGGACAGAACCCCGGCACGAUGAAAAAGUGUUUUCAGACUUGGGCGGAUUCCAGGACAAAACCAGGAAAGAGGAAUUAUCAACCAUACCUGUGACAGAAACAGGAACUUUCGAGUUUCCUGAAAACGCUGAAAAUGGCAACAAGGUGAAUCCCUGGUUCAUUUUUAAUGACUGCUUUCAAGUUGAGGAGAAAGAAAAAAGUCCUGUCAUGAUGGAAAUCCCUACAUUGUCCCAGCUACAACAGAACACAUUAGACAAGCCCUCUCAGUCUGCAGCAAUAUCAAGUCAAGCAACACAUUUCUGGUGUCAUCUACAGUCUGGGUCACAAAUUCUGAGACUGUCAGGUCCCAGACCCAAACUACACUCCUAUGAAGGACUGCUCAAAUCACUCCAGCUCAGACACCCCGACGAAAGCGCCAACUCACAGACCACAACUCUUUCUGAUCAUGAACUAGAAAAUCCUGAGGACCCUCCUGGAGCUCUUAUUCAAACCAAGUUGAUGCCAUCAUCACAUUGUCGAAAUGCUCCAGGAUUCUUUUAUCAGAUCUCAAGCCAGUGGCUCAACCAGCACAGCAUAAACCUGCGGCCCAACCAGCACAAGAAAGAUCCUCUGCAAUAAACAACUCAUACAUUUUUUAUAUAUAUAAACACACAGUACCACUCACUAGCAUUCAUACGACACACACUUCUUCAAAAGAAAAGUUCACCCAAUAGAGAACAUUUUGUCAUAAUUUACUCAACCUCAUGUUCUGCUGUAAAUGCAUUGAAAUUAGCUACUAGUACAUUCUUCAAACAUUUUGAGAGAAGGAGUUUAGAAGUAAGUGAUGACAGUGUUCAUUUUUGGGUAAUCUGUCUCUUUAAACAAAGUACACACUAUUGCCUGUUUUCCUCAAACAAGCACAGGUCAGGUGGUCUUCCACACACUUUUACAAAUAUAUCCUGCUUGACAAAAGCACAGGGACGUACUACUAUGCACACUAGCUCAGGAAAGAUUUCCUAACUUACUUGACAUACACACUUAAUACUUGCAUAAAGAAGAGGCUGUUAACAUAAGCAAAAGAAGAGAAUUAACACGUGCCUAAUUAGAACAAAAUCACUGUAAACCUCAAGUAUGGGAUGUUAACACAGCCAUGUACUUAUUUAUAUAUACUGUCUGUUGCUGCCUAAGCUCAUUGCUUACUGUUCUUAAAGCUAUGUUAUUUUUAUUGUGAACUGACGUCUGAAAUGUCUGAAUGUAUUUGGUAUAUUUAUAUUGGAAAUAUUUAAAAAAGAAUACAUGAAUAUAUAACUCUAAUAGUUUGUCCUGCACUUUAGGUCAGUUUGCCUUU